AAUAAUACUCCGCCAGUAGCAUCUAGCAAUUCUUUGGAAGAGAUGACGCUACAAAAUGGUCCAAGUCUAAACAACAACAAUAAUAACAACAAUAAUGACAAGAACGAGGAUCUCAGCAAUUUAAAUCACGUCGGGCCCAGCUGGCGGGAGACGUCGCCAGUUUUGGCUUCGAAUCACAGGCUCACGCCGAUAUUGAACAAAACCAACAACAUCAGUCCUAUUCUUCCGAGAACGAACACACCCACCUCGAUCGUUAUGAGCACCCCCGCGCCAGCUACCAGCAUUAGUGCGUUUGGUACAUCGACUUCGGCGAGUCCAGCCUUUAGCACAGCGUCGACGUCCUCUUUGGGAAACGUCGCCACGCCAGCCGCGAACAGAUCUCCAAUUCCAGUAACUUCCGCUCUCGUACCGAUGACAACUUCGCCGAGUACGAGCGUGGUAUCCACCUCUUCGGUUCUGUCUAACAGUAUUGUCAACGAUGCUAGCCAAAUUACUCAGGCUCCGGUGGCUAGUACUAUUUCCACGCCAGCAGUAAGUGUUUAAAAUUCCAAAUUUAUGUAUUAUACUAAUCAAAAAAAUUAUGGCAUCACGUUUUGUCGAAAAUUGCCCAAGUUUGGAAGAUCGACACGACUCGACAACAAAAAU